AUAAAAUUUGUAUAUUUGAGAUUCUUCUCGUAACCCUAAUCCCUUGGACGAUCUUCUUAGAAAAUCCAACGGUCAGCUUUCAAAUUAAAGAGAAUAUGACCGUUGGUAUUGCGUCGAUUCGGCGGCUUCCUUAUCAGGCUUAUGAGAAAGCAAGCAACUAUGCAACCAACCACGAAUACAGAGAAAGAGCAAACCCAGAUCAAUUUUUCAGACACAAUCACCAAGAAGCAAUGGAAGCUAGAGCCGAUCUUCUGCCGAAACCCAGAGGGGGGGGUAAGGUGAAUAAUGAGCAAGGACAAAGAAGGAAUCGGAGAGUUCUUGGAGACAUUGGUAAUCUAGAGGUGUUUCCUAUUGCGGAUGGCAAGCAAAUUUCGCGCCCCAUUACAAGGAGUUUCCACGCACAACUAUUGAAAAAUGCACAAGCCGAAGCUGAGAAGAACAAGAACCCAGUUGUCCCAGUUAUGGAUGAUAAGGUAGCUAUUCAAAGAAAGAGCGGCCCUAAAAAGGUUAAGGAAGCUCAAAAGCAGGCAAUUGAUAGGCCCAAACCUGAGACUAAAGUUGUGGUUAGUUUCGAUGAAGAUGAAAAGGUUAAACCUCUCAAUGGAAGAAAGUCAAGAGAAAGGUCCUCAAGGAAGGAAAUCAAGACUCUUACUGCAAUCCUCACUGCUCGAAGCAAGGCUGCUUGUGGAGUUGUGCUUAAGCCGGAAAGUCUGAUUGUGAAUAUCGAUGCAGGAGAUGUAAAUAAUGAUUUGGCAGCAGUCGAAUAUGUAGAUGACAUCUACAAGUUUUACAAGCUCACAGAAGAUGACAGCAGAGUGCACGAUUACAUGGACUCACAGCCUGAAAUCAAUGUCAAGAUGCGGGCUAUUCUCAUUGACUGGCUGAUUGAGGUUCAUAGAAGAUUUGAACUCAUGCCUGAAACCCUCUACCUCACCAUAAAUUUAAUCGACCGUUACCUUUCCAUGAAGAUUGUAUCGAGGAGAGAACUUCAAUUAGUUGGCAUAAGUUCCAUGCUCUUAGCCUGCAAGUACGAAGAAAGUUACUGUCUACGGGUUUAUAACCUGGUUUGCAUAUCAGACUAUGCUUAUACAAGUAAUCAGAUACUUGUCAUGGAGAAAUCAAUUUUGGAGAAUUUGGAGUGGUAUAUGACAGUUCCUACACCGUAUGUUUUUCUGGUUCGUUACAUCAAAGCUUCUAUUGCACCUGAUCAGGAGAUGGAGAAUAUGGUCUUUUUUCUAGCUGAAUUGGGUCUCAUGCAUUAUCCAACAACCGUAUUGUACUGCCCAUCAAUGAUUGCCGCUGCAGCUGUCUAUGCUGCACGUUGCACUCUCAACAAGAAUCCUUUUUGGAAUGAAACUUUGAAGCACAACUCAGGCUACUCUGCUGAGGAGAUAAUGGAUUGUGCCAAACUCUUGGUUGGCUUUCACUCUACUGCUGCAGAAAGUAAGCUCAAGGAGGUAUAUAGGAAAUACUCAAGUUCGGACAGGGGUUUCGUUGCUCUUUGCACUCCCCCCAAAAGUCUGCUGAACACAUCGUUGUGAAGAUAUAUUGUCAUGUAUUUUUUGUAACUUGGUUACUUGUUGUAGCCAAAUCUGCUACUUCUAGUGGGAUUUUGUGUUAGAAGAUCUCAAUUCUUUUUUAUUGUGUUCGAUGUUCUUGGACUCUCACUGUAAUGCAUUUAAGUCUAGGUUCCCGUCAUUUUCUUUC